AUGGCUCAAAAAAUUAUCAUUUGCGGGGCUGGAUUCAUCGGUAAACAGAUUGCCCGAACAUUGACAAGGAAUCAAAAGCACAACUUCCGUGUGCAACUUUCAUCUCGUCACCCGCAGAAGUCCUACGAUCAGCUUAAUGAAUCCACUCCGUUCGGCACACUCCUGAAGCCUGUUUCUGUCGAUGUGCGAGAUACGUCCUCGCUUACAGCUGCUUUCGAAGGAUCCAGUCUAGUUGUCUCUCUUGUUGGUAUCAUGCAUGGCUCUCCCAAAGACUUCGAGGACAUACAGUGGAGGGGAGCUUCGAACGUUUCCAAAGCCGCUCAAUCGGUUGGAGCCAAACUAGUACAUUUUAGCAGCAUUGGAGCAGAUCCUUGGAGCAGUAUUCCAUACACAAGGACCAAAGGACUCGGCGAAAUUUCUGUCUUGGAGAAUUGCCCAAGCGCAACUGUCAUUCGACCGAGUCUCGUGUUCGGUCCAGAAGAUGAUUUUUUCAACCGAUUCUCGCGUUUAUCUCGGUUCCUUCCAAUUCUGCCCGUUUUUGGUGGAGGCACGAGCAAGUUCCAGCCUGUUUAUGUCGAAGACCUGGCUCGUGCUGUCGAGAUCAUUGCGACCGCCGACGCUAAAGUGAAAAAUGACAUGUCUGGUAAAAUAAUGGAGGCCGGAGGACCCGACGUCUUCACUUACCGAGAACUGAUGGGCCUCGUCCUCAAGUAUAAUGGCCGAUAUCGUCCCAUAGUUUCCCUGCCUUUCUUCGUUGGACGAAUUCAAGGUUUCUUCUUGGAGAAAUUGCCGAUCAACAUGUUCACAGUCACUCGCGCACAGAUUGAACAGCUUAAAUUUGACAACGUCGUCCAAAAUGUACCAGAAGGUUCUUCGAAAUUCGUUUCCUUUGAGAAGCUAGUGACAGCGCACUAUGAACCUCCACGAUCCGUCCAUGAUGUCCUGCCUGGCUAUCUUCGAUAA